AUGACCUCGGCGCUGGCGGAGCUGUCUGAGGCACUGGCCAAUGUUGAGCUGACCGUGCCGGCCGCCCCUGCCCGCUUCCUGCGCCUCGAGUUCCUCGAGGACGCGCCUGAGGAGGCGGCCGCCGCUGACGUCUGGUCGGUGACGCUGGACGUCAGCGGGCUCGACGCGGUGCCGGCCGCCGGCGACACGGUCGGCCUGCUCUGUCCGAACGCGGCCGACGAGGUGGCCGCCGCGCUCGACCUGUUGGGCGCGGAGAGCCGCGCCGACCGGCCCUGCCGCCUCUCACUGCUGCCUGGCACCACGAAGAAAGCGGCGCGCGUACCGCCCCACCUGCCGGAGCACGCCUCGCUUCGCCACCUGCUGACGCACUGCGUGGACCUGCGCGCCGUGCCCAAGAAGCCUCUGCUGCAGGCGCUGCGCGACGACGCGCCGCUGGUGAUGGUGGCCGCGGGCACUGGGCUGGCGCCGCUGGCCGGCUUCCUGGAGGAGCGGCGCGCCCGCGGGCAGCGCGCGCCCGCCUGGCUGGUGUUCGGCUGCCGGCACCCGGAGCUCGACUUCCUGCUGCGCGACGAGCUGGAGGCGGCGCUUCGCGAUGGCUUCCUCUCGCGACUGGACACUGUCUUCUCGCGCACCGGCGACCGACAGCGCUACGUGCAGCACGUGCUGGCGGAGGAGCAGGCGCGCCUGGCCCGCUGGCUGGUUGACGAGGGCGCCGUCAUGUACGUGUGUGGCGACGCCAAGGGCAUGGCAGUGGCGGUGCUGGACGAGGUGGUACAGACCGUGGCGAAAGCUAAGGAGGUUCCUGUAUCUGAGGCAAAGAAGCUGGUGCAGCAAAUGCAGAAGGACGGACAGUACAGAUUAGAUGUUUGGUCUUGAUAAUGUUGCCACCGGUAGCCCGGAUGGCAAGCUGUGUGGCUCGGAUUAUGGCUUUAUCUGAACAUAAUGUGUGACUGCCGUAAGCUGGCUCGCAGAUGCCUUACAAUUUCCCGUAAGUUUUGUGGACCAUCCAGCCAAGGACCGUCCAGCUUUGACAUGACAUUGAAUCACAAUGUCAACAUCGAUUCCGAAAUACAAAUCAU